UUGAAUCGUGUUGCGCACGCACAUCGCAGACGCAGUAACCGAGCGCUGACGCUCUGACGUGUGUGUGAGCGCGACGGGAGAGCGGGACUGAGAGAAGCGGCGGCGAGGACAAGAUGAGCAAAGCGCACCCGCCCGAGCUGAAGAAAUUCAUGGACAAGAAGCUGUCACUAAAACUAAACGGUGGAAGACAUGUGCAAGGAAUUCUACGUGGGUUCGAUCCCUUCAUGAAUCUUGUCGUGGAUGAAUCCUUGGAAAUGGCACAGGGUGGCCAACAGAAUACCAUUGGCAUGGUGAAGAAGAAGAGGAAGGCAAUUACUCUUGAGAUGAAACUCCAGAUAAUUGGCCAGCGUGAAGGCGGCAAGCCAAUAAUGGCCAUCGCACGUGAGUUAGGACUUUCGCAAUCGACCAUCUCGACCAUCUUAAAGGAUAAGAAGCGAAUCAGUGAUGCCGCAAAAUCGUCAGCAUCGGUUAAAUCCACGAUCAUCACAAAGAAAAGAGCUGGGCUGAUUGAAGAUAUGGAGCGAUUGCUUGCCACGUGGAUGGAAGAUCAGAUACAGAAGCACAUGCCACUUAGCCUAUUGACGAUCCAGGCUAAGGCAAGAAGUCUUUUCGAAAGGCUAAAAGAGCGCGCUGAUCCUUUGUAUACGCAAGUGUUUACAGCAAGUCCAGGAUGGUUCCAACGCUUCAAAAGGCGUCAUAAUUUUCAUAACGUGAAGGUCAGGGGUGAGGCGGCAAGUGCCAAUACUGAAGGUGCCGAAGCUUUUAAGGAAGAGCUGCAUCGGAUAAUUGUGGAUGAGGAAUAUUUGCCAGAACAAAUAUUCAAUGUCGAUGAUCCGGGCUUGUUCUGGAAGCGUAUGCUGGAUCGUACAUGCAUUGAUCAAGAGUCCAAGACAAUGCCAGGAUUCAAGGCAUGCAAAGAGCGUGUAACGCUGCUUUUGGGUGGAAAUGUUGCAGGGUUCAAAUUAAAGCCUUUACUAAUCCACCACUCGGAGAACCCUAGAGCAUUGAAGAAUGUGAGCAAGCAUAAACUUCCCGUUUAUUAUCGCCAUAACAAGAAAGCCGGGAUGACAUUAGCAUUGUUUGAAGACUGGUUUCUAAGCUGUUUUAUUCCGCAGGCAAGAGAAUAUUGUAGGCAAAACAACAUCCCAUUCAAAAUUCUUCUGAUCUUCGAUAUUGCUCCAGGCAAUCCGCAGCAUAUCAGAAACAUGCAUCCCGAUGUAAAGGUUGUGUGUUUGCCGCCAAACACAGCCGCACUCAUUCAACCAAUGGACCAGGGUGCAAUAGCUGCGUUCAAAGCCUACUAUUUACGCCAAACGUUUGCGCAGGCUGUUGAAGCGACUGAAUCUGGCCGGACACUCCAAGAGUUUUGGAAAGGUUUUAACAUUCUCAAUGCUAUCCAGAACAUCGCUGCAGCAUGGGAAGGAGUCACACAGCAAUGCAUGAACGGCGUUUGGAAAAAAGUUAUGAAGACAUAUGUGAACACAUUCAAAGGCUUUAACAAAGACUCUGCUGUUGGUAACAUAGUAAAUAACAAGAUAUUAGUGCUUGGGAAACAGCUAGAAUUGGACAUUGAUGAAGAAGAUAUUCAUGAGCUUGUUGGCACUGAGGCUGAAGACCAUUCCAAUGAGGAGCCGAUCGAACUGGAGGAAGAAAGAAGUAAAGAAGCAGAGGCAGAGGAAGAAGUUAUACCCGUGGCACCGAAAACGUUCACUACAAAGAAACUGGCGGAGGCGUUUGCCACUAUCAGCAGUGGCGUACGGAUGUUGGAAGAAAUGGACGUCAAUUACGAGAGAUUCGCAAAAACUAACAGGCAGCUACAGGAUGCUCUUGCUUGCUAUAGGGAAAUAUAUAAUGAAAAGAAGAGACAGUCAAAACUUGGUAUCUUCCUGAAGAACACUGCCUGCUAAACACUCAACACGUGUCGAUGCCCCGGUGCCUUCUCCCACUAUUCUCGAGCCUUAUCAGAAGAGAGAGAAUGUUCGGUAGGUUAGGUGUAUUAAACAUGUUUCUAUCUUUUUUUCAUCUUGCUAAAUACUGUACUGUAUCAUGUUUGCCCUUAAAACUCACCUGAUAAAUAAUAAAGCAGUUUCCUGGCAUGAC